GGGAAAGCGGAGCAGAAGAGCGAAACAUGGCGACAUCAAACAAUCCGCGGAAAUUUAGCGAGAAAAUCGCUUUACAUAAUCAGAAGCAGGCAGAGGAGACCGCAGCAUUCGAGGAAGUGAUGAAAGAUUUGAGUAUUACUCGAGCAGCGAGGGUAAGCGUCUCUGUUUUUACCCAUUUGCUGUUAUUGCUCGUGAGCUGUCAAAUGCAGGAAUAUGCGCGGCGGGCACUUAGCUUGGCCAGGGAGGUAAACAAUAACAAACAGCCCCAUAUGUGCCAGCAAAUUUUCUUGACAUGAAUGGCAACCAGCCGCCUUAUUAUCGUAUUCGUGUAGUUAUUCUCAAAUGCAGCGGUAUCCCGACUCCAGACCCCCGUCUUCAAAAGUUGCACAAUAUAGCUCCAGUGCAAAGCAAUAGCCAACUAAUAUGGGGCGUGCAUGCGUGUUUGACAGCCACAUCAAAAUAGAACGUUCGUUGGUUUUUCUGAUCGCGCUCAAAGGGAGGAAGAAGCUUCAGAUGAACAGCAAUUUCUAUGUAUUGAAACAUUUUGGAAUGCAGUAUUUUCAGUUUAGAGAUCACCAAAGACAUAUAGCCUAAUAAUCAGGUGGAAAAAGCAUUCGUGCUGUGAGACUGGGCAGACAAGUACAGUAAUAUGAUUGACAGUGGCAUAUCAACGAUGAGGACAACCCCGCACAGAUUAUGUUGAUGUUAAACCGCAUGCCGCAGGCCUCUAAUGCCAGCAGAAUAUUGCGCUCUUCAUCAAUGUCAUGUCAGUGGUUUUGGCAGUACAUUUUUCUACAAAAUGUAUACGAAAUAACAUUGGUGCAUUUGAGAAACGUUGCCAGCAGAACCCGCGCAUUUGAAAUAGUUUCAAAUGGGCGGGUUCUGAGAUACUGUAGCAACAUUGGCAUAGCUCACUGACUGGUUAAAUGACUGCAUCCUUAUUUGGAUGGUACCAUACAUUGGACAGUUAUCAUUUUUACAUUUUAGUCAUUUAGCAGACGCUCUUAUCCAGAGCGACUUACAGUUAGUGAGUGCAUACAUUUUCAUACUGGCACCCCGUGGGAAACGAACCCACAACCCUGGCGUUGCAAGCGCCAUGCUCUACCAACUGAGCUACAGUUUAUGUUUUUAAUUCACAGUAGAAAGUAACACAUUUUCUAUAAUUAAUACAUUUUCUAUUGAUUCAGUCAGUGUUGAGGUAACAUCUAUUAUUUUUCCUGGAGUAGGUGAUUUAUUGUUAGGUCGGAACCUUUGGAAGGCAUACCUGGGUGCAAUUUCAACUAACACAUUUGGGAAGAGUAUAGGUUUCACUAUAUAAAGACAUGCUCCGGAACUUUGGGCUGGAUGUGUCAAUGUGUAGUUCAGACAUGCAUAAUCUAUGAGCAGAAUUACUGUUACCUCAAUUAGCCAUGAAAUCCCUAGUUUGAAAGCAAUUGUUUUUCUGGAAAUUAUGCGCCUUUUCCCCUAUAUUUUACCUCACGUGGGGCAGCCCCCUAGCAAUUCCAGUUCUAGCCAAUGAGCUUUAGCCCCUCACCAUUUGAGUGACUGCUAGCAAGAUGCACACACAGCAGAGAGAGAGAGCAAUGACGUGGUGCACAUAUCUGCAAUUUUUGGGGACCACUUUUGGCUCAUGAGCACUACAUUCAGAUCUACUAGCUAAAAAGUAUACAAGAAUCUCUUUAACAUAUUGCUUUUGGCCCUAUAGUAUAAUGAUGGGUUACAAAAUCGAUACAGUUACAUAUCAAGAUAUUAUUUUGGACAAUAUAUCGUAUCAUUUUGACAAAAUCGCAAUAUUAUUUUUGUGCUAGUUGCCUGUAUACCUGCACCAAAACUCCAGUAUUUUUCUUUCAUAGCUUGUUUUCCAUUUUCUUUUUAAAUAGGGAGCCAAUUGGUUUUCAACACUUUUAUUUCUAUGACUGAUAACUCAUUUUCUCAUGGCUCUCUCUUGACCCUCUGCAGCAGACAUAUGGUGAGCAAUAUAUGUUUGGAACAUCGAAUUGCAAUAAAAUCACAGUAUCGAAUCGCAAUACAUAUAGAAUCGUGAGAAUCGCAAUACAUAUCGUAUCGACACCUAAGUAUUGUGAUAAUAUCGUAUCAUGAGGUCCCAGGCAAUUCCCAGCCCUAGUAUAGUAUAAGGGUAAAAACAUAAUACUUACUUUGUAACAUAUGCAUACAAUAAUAGGAACGUUUAGUCUAAUACUCAGUAUUUGAUAAUAACUUUUGACAGUGCAGUGGGCCUACAAGUUCACUGAAGUAGUCACAUUCACCCUUUUGACUAGAUUCAUAUGUGGUUGGAUUUCUGAAACACUGAUCCCAAAAUGCAUGUAAUCUUCUGUCAACAAAAUAACAAGAUGUAUUCAAACUUGACUCACUAUUGGGAGAUUACUGUAUUUUUGAAAUAAUCUGGAGAGAUAGGCUUUAGAGAUUGUUAUUAAAUGAUUUCCCUGCUUUAGUCAAUAGUGGGUGUGUGACAGACAUGAACAGCUUGGGUACUAUCUGCAUAUAGGAUUAAACAACUUUGAUUUCUUUACAUGAGUAAUACCAGAUUUUCUAAACAAAAUAAUUGUCUCGUGAUAUUACUCAGUAUCUCUAGUACAUAAUAUAACUUCCUGAAAUGUAUGUAGUUGGCUGUCACCACCUGAAAUCACAGCCAACCAUGGAUCAACUAUUUGCAUACUCAUAGCAGGUGAACUGUUGAAUCUAUAAGGGUGUGACCUUGAGUUUUUGUAGGGAUGGAAAGACAUUCAUAUAGGUAAUGGUUAUCCCAGCUAGGCCUAUAUGUGGCGCCAUUCAAUGUCAAGAUGAGGCGGUGUGGCAAGAUUGUAAAUAAUGAAAACAUAUUUUAGUCACGGGUGAUCUGUAAUUACUGGAAAAUCGAUUUUCUCUAUGAAGCUUAUUAGGUAAAUUUGAGGUUAAAGGUGUGUAAAUGUCAUUUUCACGCAUCAAUAGGCGCUCGCUUAGGCCAGACAAGUCUUAUCCCCUUGGUACUAACUGAGCUGGAUGGAGUGAUUUGUAAUCUAUAAAAUCAAUGUUAAACAAGGAAAGUGUUGUUUUUUGGUCAGUCAGAAUUUUUGUGCUCUCUGUGUCACUCAUUUUGUUUAUUGAAUUAUUUUUUGAAUAUUUCAUACCUAACAUUAUCUGACGCCAUGUUUGCUUCUUGUUUUGUUUCCUCAUUCUCCUUAUACAGUUACAGUUACAGAAGACCCAGUAUUUACAGCUGGGACAAAACCGUGGGCAGUACUAUGGCGGAUCAUUGCCAAAUGUCAAUCAGAUUGGAAAUGGCACCAUUGACAUGCCUUUUCAGGUAAGUGUGUGUGUUGUAGGACUCAGUUUGGCAUACAGUGCCUUCAGAAAGUAUUCAUACCCCUCCACAUUUUGUUGUGUUACAGCCUGAAUUCAAAAUGGAUAUAAAAAAAAAAAACAUCUCACCCAUCUACACACAAUAGCCCAUGAUGACAAAGUGAAAAUUUGUUUUUAGAAAUGUUAGCUAAUUGUAAUUUACAUAAGUAUUCACACCCCUGAGUCAAUACUUUGGAGAAGCACCUUUGGCAGCGAUUACAGCUGUGAGUAUUUCUGGGUAAGUCUCUAAGAGCUUUCCACACCUGGAUUGUGCAACAUUUGCCCAUUAUUCUUUUCAAAAUUCUUCAAGCUCUGUCAAAUUGGUUGUUGACCAUUGCUAGACAACCAUUUUCAGGUCUUGCUAUAGAUUUUCAAGCAGAUUUGACAAUAUGGAGAGUGGUACUCAGUAAUGUGUUGUAUUGGAUUUGCCCCAAACAUAACUUAGUAUUCAAGACAAAAAGAUAAUUGCUUUGCCACACUUAUUUCAGUAUUACUUUAGUGUCUUGUUGCAAACAAGACUUCCUUCUUUUCAAUUGGUCAAUUAGGUUAGUAUUGUGGAGUAACUACAUAGUUGUUGAUCCAUCCUCAGUUUUCUCCUAUCACAGCCAUUAAACUCUGUAACUGUUUUAAAGUCACCAUUGGCCUCAUGGUGAAAUCCCUCAUGGUUUCCUUCCUCUCCGGCAACUGAGUAGGGAAGGACGCCUGUAUCUUUGUAGUGACUGGGUGUAUUGAUACACCAUCCAAAGUGUAAUUAAUAACUUCACCAUGCUCAAAGGGAUAUUCAAUGUCUGCUUUUUUAAAAAUAUUUUACUCAUCUAUAAAUAGGUGCCCUUCUUUGCGAGGCAUUGGGAAACCUCCCUGGUCUUUGUGGUUGAAUCUGUGUUUGAAAUUCACUGCUUGACUGAGGGACCUUACAUAUAUUUGUAUGUGUGGGGUACAGAGAUGAGGUAGUCAUUCAAAAAUCAUAUUAAACACUAUUAUGGUCCAUGCAACUUAUUAUGUGACUUGUUAAGCACAUUUUUUACUCCUGAACUUAUUUAGGCUUGCCAUAACAAAGUGCUUGAAUACUUAUUGACUUAAGACAUUUCAGCUUUUCAUUUUUAUUAAUUUGUAAACAUUUCUAAACCCAAGUCCACUUUGACAUUAUGGGGUAUUGUGUGUAGGCCAGUGACAAAAAAAAUCUCAAUUUUAAAAAAUCAAGUCAAGGGGUGUGAAGACUUUCUGAAGGCGCUGUAUGUGUGGUCUUACCCUAAAUGGUAGAUGUGUUUACUCUUUUGUUGACAUAUUUUGCUAUCAUUUAUCUAUGAAGCUUGUAACUGGUUUUAUUUGUUGGUCUCUGCAGACUCCUUUUCAAGGUUCAGGUGACACUAGCAGAACAACACGGCAUCAUGGAUUGGUUGACAGAGUUUACCGGGACAGAAACCGCAUCACGUCCCCACACGGAAGGCCCCUCGACAAACAUGGACGCCAAAUAUCUUUUACUGUCGGUUUACGCUACUUUAUAGUUGAUAACACUUACAGUCUGCUAUGAAACGGAUAUUUGAUUAUGAAUAACAUAGUAAUAUGGUAAUUACAUAGUAAUUUUACAGUAAUGACCAAUUAAUUUGCCUUUGAUUCAUUAACGCAAGCACCACUAUGCAACAUCUUUAACCAUUUUACUUCAAAAGCAUAUGCUGUACUAUAUGGCAUAAUGGUGUUUUACAUCCAUUGACUUGAGUUGUGAAAUGCUACAGAUUUGUGUUGCCCUUAACCAGGGGUAUCACAUUGAUAGCUGUCCAUAUGGCUCGGUGUAUCUGUCACCCCCACCCGACACCAGUUGGAGGAGGUAAGAUAACCUAACUAUGUGACAUGUGAUACUGUUGGGAUUUCAUUGUGAAACGUCCCCUUGACUUUCCACAACUGAUACAUUUGGUCACCCCUAAGUGGUGUAUGUCUCUUUCCCUGUGCUAUAGGACUAACUCAGACUCAGCGUUGCAUCAGAGCACUUUGAACCCACAGGACAUUUUCGCAGGAGGCUCACAGGACAUGCAGCCUAAACGAGGUGUGUUGGAUUUGAACUUGAUACUACAAGUUUUAUAAACUUUCCAUUAGUUCAUCAUUAGACAUUAAUUAUUUUGGACAGAAACAGGUAACAAAAUGUAUUGGCCCUACAAUGACCCCAUGAGAGGAAUGCAUAGCCAUUGUAGGGUACAAUGCUCUGUUUCCAGUUGGUAGGCUUAAUAACAAUUUUUGAGUCCAGCCCUGAUUAAUUAGCCAAGUUGUGAUGAGGGAGGUGGUAUACAAUGUAUUGACAAUUAAAUAUUUUGUAAUGGCUUUGCCGGCUACUCUUUAUUUAACUAUUGAAUAGUCUCUAGUGUACAUGAUAAAAGGCUUUAGACAUUACUCAAGGGACGAAUAGGAAUAUCCAAGUGGUUCUCAAUGUUAUAUUAUACUAAUGGCUGUCUGAAGUGUUUUCGGGCGAUUCCAUGCCAGCGUAGGCCCAAAAUAUUUGGAGUAUCUCAGAUUGUUCUGGCAAUUCUCACAUAGAAACUUCAUUGGGAGGAAAGAUGUUUGACAUGCUUUUUACAUUUGUAUCACAAACAAUUCUUUAGAAAAUUAUGAUGAAAGUGGCCAUUUUUAGACCUAUACAUGCCUCCUGUAAGACCCUAUGAUCUGUGAACCGUACAUGAUACAGACAACAUCUUGGUGUCAUUAUACUCCUUGUAGUGUGCUCUAACAUAUGGAGUAUGUCUUGAUUCUGAAAUACAAUUUUUCACAUUAAUUUAUUCAACAUUAAAAAUAUUAAUAUAUUAAAAGUAGCCUUUUUGAUGUUUGGAACAAUAUACUCUAUAAAUUCAUCACAUUUCCAGAGUGGGCUCUCUCCUAACAGAGUGAAUGGGGAAAUGGAUUCAAAGGGAAUUUGCUGGUGAUUUGCUGAAUGUGCAAUCCUAAAGGAGGGCUGUGAUUGGUUAAAGGUGCUACACCAGGGGUCUCCAACAACGUGUUCCACCGCAAACUGUUAUAAACAAAUCUCACAAGUAUCAGACACCGCAAGCUUCCAGCUACUAUCUAACUAACGCAACAUUGAAAUUAUCCCAUCCCUGGUUAGCCGCUAUUGGCUUAAAAAGCCAAAUCUAACACAUUAUCUGCCAAUUAAUUUCCAGCAAUAUUGCCCCUUUCUGUCUGUGUGGUGCGGGCGUUUGUCUAUCACUCAGUGUGUAGCCAGUUGAUGCGAUAACCAUCUUGUGAGUUGAUAGAAGUACUUCCCCCAAAACCUUCUCAAUUAAAUGUUAACUGCAAAGUAGGCUUACUUGGCAGAAGUAUAUCAUUACAUUUGACAUUUUAGUCAUUUAGCAGACGCUCUUAUCCAGAGCGACUUACAGUUAGUGAGUGCAUACAUUUUUCAUACUGGCCCCCCGUGGGAAACGAACCCACAACCCUGGCGUUGCAAGCGCCAUGCUCUACCAACUGAGCUACAGGGGAGUAAGUAUAUAAUUUGCAUCUAUUACUUGUUAUUUGCAAACUUUGCCAUGAAUUGAGCAGCAGCAGUACAGAACCAUCACUAGACCGGCACAUUAGAAGGCACACUAGAUGGGCAAUUAAAGGGGAAUUACACACACACAAAAAAAAGGUUUUCUCCCAGACCAAAGCAUUGACAUCGACUCAGAACAUCCAAUUUCGUUGUUUCUCGAAUUAACAAUUGUAAUUUUGAGAGUGAAAAACAAAACAAAAAUCUAAAAUCAGGACAAAUAAAACUGAAAAAACAUAAUUUGGGAAAAUAUAAAACAUAAUUUUGGAAAAACAUUCACAGAUUUUAGAAUUGUUUAUUAAUUAUUUUACCAGGUACAGUGGGGAAAAAAAGUAUUUAGUCAGCCACCAAUUGUGCAAGUUCUCCCACUUAAAAAGAUGAGAGAGGCCUGUAAUUUUCAUCAUAGGUACACGUCAACUAUGACAGACAAAUUGAGAGAAAAAAAUCCAGAAAAUCCCAUUGUAGGAUUUUUUAUGAAUUUAUUUGCAAAUUAUGGUGGAAAAUAAGUAUUUGGUCACCUACAAACAAGCAAGAUUUCUGGCUCUCACAGACCUGUAAUUUCUUCUUUAAGAGGCUCCUCUGUCCUCCACUCGUUACCUGUAUUAAUGGCACCUGUUUGAACUUGUUAUCAGUAUAAAAGACACCUGUCCACAACCUCAAACAGUCACACUCCAACCUCCACAAUGGCCAAGACCAAAGAGCUGUCAAAGGACACCAAAAACAAAAUUGUAGACCUGCACCAGGCUGGGAAGACUGAAUCUGCAAUAGGUAAGCAGCUUGGUUUGAAGAAAUCAACUGUGGGAGCAAUUAUUAGGAAAUGGAAGACAUACAAGACCACUGAUAAUCUCCCUCGAUCUGGGGCUCCACGCAAGAUCUCACCCCGUGGGGUCAAAAUGAUCACAAGAACGGUGAGCAAAAAUCCCAGAACCACACGGGGGGACCUAGUGAAUGACCUGCAGAGAGCUGGGACCAAAGUAACAAAGCCUACCAUCAGUAACACACUACGCUGCCAGGGACUCAAAUCCUGCAGUGCGAGACGUGUCCCCCUGCUUAAGCCAGUACAUGUCCAGGCCCGUCUGAAGUGCAUUUGGAUGAUCCAGAAGAGUAUUGGGAGAAUGUCAUAUGGUCAGAUGAAACCAAAAUAAACUUUUUGGUAAAAACUCAACUCGUCAUGUUUGGAGGACAAAGAAUGCUGAGUUGCAUCCAAAGAACACCAUACCUACUGUGAAGCAUGGGGUUGGAAACAUCAUGCUUUGGGGCUGUUUUUCUGCAAAGGGACCAGGACGACUGAUCCGUGUAAAGGAAAGAAUGAAUGGGGCCAUGUAUCGUGAGAUUUUGAGUGAAACCCUCCUUCCAUCAGCAAGGGCAUUGAAGAUGAAAUGUGGCUGGGUCUUUCAGCAUGACAAUGAUCCCAAACACACUGCCCGGGCAACGAAGGAGUGGCUUCGUAAGAAGCAUUUCAAGGUCCUGGAGUGACCUAGCCAGUCUCCAGAUCUCAACCCCAUAGAAAAUCUUUGGAGGGAGUUGAAAGUCUGUGUUGCCCAGCGACAGCCCCAAAACAUCACUGCUCUAGAGGAGAUCUGCAUGGAGGAAUGGGCCAAAAUACCAGCAACAGUGUGUGAAAACCUUGUGAAGACUUACAGAAAACGUUUGACCUGUGUCAUUGCCAACAAAGGGUAUAUAACAAAAGUAUUGAGAAACUUUUGUUAUUGACCAAAUACUUAUUUUCCACCAUCAUAUGCCAAUAAAUUCAUUAAAAAUCCUACAAUGUGAUUUUCUGGAUUUUUUUUCUCAUUUUGUCUGUCAUAGUUGACGUGUACCUAUGAUGAAAAUUACAGGCCUCUCUCAUCUUUUUAAGUGGGAGAACUUGCACAAUUGGUGGCUGACUAAAUACUUUUUUUCCCCACUGUAUAUUGACAGGAAACGGUGCACUACUUUCUCUUGUACACUAAGGACCCGGGGAAGAGUUGCAGGGGAGAGGAGAAGAGACACAUUUGCCUAUUUGAAAGCAAAAAUAAAAGCUUGCAACAUGUUUCUUUUUUUAAAGUAGCUCUCAUGCUAGAAAAGGUUGGAGACCCCUGUGCUACACAUAGGAUAUAUAUAUAUUGUUUUGCAUUGUAAUUUCAGAAAAUGUCCAUAAUAUAUCUGCAGUAAUAGUGGAAUGAUAGUGUUUCACAAUAUUACUUACCGGCCAGUGUUGUGAUUGCCUGUGAUAUUCACCUAUUGAUUUCUCCCGCCAGAGCGGCAUCUGUUGUAAAAAUUUGAAAGCUGUUCUGACUUUGUGGCUGUGUUAUCUUGUUGAAAUCGCUCUGUCAUUUCCUGGUUGCUAAAAUUCGCUCAAUUUCAGUUUAUGUGAGAAAACAAGCACUGAAUAGUGUAGGAAAUCAUUGUACCAUCUACAUCGCUGUGAGAUAUCUUUUCAAUAAACAAAAAUAUAGUAAUUACAGCAGUUUGAAGCUGGUGGACCAAAAUCGCGAUUUAAAAACAAUAGUUUUUGUUAUUGAAAAGAAAUUUCACAGCAAUUUAGAUGGUAUGAUUCCCUACAAUAUUCAGUGCUUGUUUUCUCACAUAAACUGAAAUUGAGCGAACAGUGUAGAAUUUUAGAAACCAGGAAAGGACAGUGAUUUCCACUAGAUAACACAGCCACAAAGUCAGAACAGCUUUCACAUUUUUACAACAGAUGCCGCUCCGGUGGGAGAAAUCAAUAGGUGAAUAUCACAGGCAAUCACAACACUGGCCAGUAAGUAAUAUUGUGAAACACUAUCAUUCCACUAUUACUGCAAAUAUAUUAUGGACAUUUUCUGAAAUUACAAAGUACCAGAGGCCACUGUCUAAAUAGUAUAUUGUUACAAACAAUGUCUUAAGGCCAGGCACCACAUGCUGAAAUAACAUUUUUGCAUCUACCUAUCAAUUUGGAGACUUGUUGGUAUUUUGGUCCAUUAUUUUUGGAUUUUCAAAAAGUAAACAUAAUGUCAACUUUUCUUUAGUUUAACAUACUACUGUCAUCUAAAUGUUCAUGAAUGUUAAUUAACCACUUUCAAAUGAACAUAUAUCAAUAAUUUGCAAAGCUCACUGCCUACCACAUUAAAUUACACAUUUAAAAGCCCAUUUCAUAGAGAAUGUUACAAACUGGACUAUAUUUAGUAACUUACUUUGAAGAGAUGGUGAUUGGGUCUAAAUAGGUGUUUGGCGUUUGGUAGUCUAAAUUCAGUGCACAUUUUUAUCAGCUUCAGAAUCAUCUGCAUUCACCAAAUGUUGUGUGGUUAUUCUUAGAUAUAUUCUCCAGCCUUGCCCAGAGGGAAUUGUUAAUAUGUUGUCAAUUUAUUUUAUUCUAGAUAGUAUUUUCAUUUAAAACGUGCCAAAAAAUGCAUUUUACGCACAUGUCUUUAGUAUGACUGACUUCAUACAGUGUCCAGAAGAAUGGAUUUGCGCGAAAUGCAAAUAUGGGCAUAUUUAAUGAGAUCGCAUCAUUUGCAUAUUUUAAUACAUUAUUUCAGAAAAAUUUAUAUACAAAAAAGUAUUAUAUUUGUGUCUACAUUCAACUGGUUAAAGUUGAUUGUGAUAUGAUUAAGGGAAAUAAAUUACUCUAUGAGGGUGUGGUGCCUGGCGACGUGUGAGUUCCAAAUAUAUCUAACGGUCACCGCGUGAUGUCAGAAUGCACUCAUUGUUCCAAAAUGUGAUUGUUAUGCAACAGGACAGUUAACCCACGCUGCCCUCAAACCAAGGCACUCUGCCUGCUAAUUAUCUAUAGGCUAUGUUUCAACUUGUCAAUUUCAAAAGAUUUUCUAACAAGUUGUAUUUUCUAACAACAGUUUGAAUUGAGGUGUGUAACAAGGUGAGUAGGACGGAGCCAGGCGCAGGAGGUGUGAAUCAAAGAAUAUGGUUUAUUAGGCCAAUACACCAGUCUGCAGCAAUGCGUAAACCAAAUACAGUGCGACUUAAAUGCGUACUGGGAAAACAAAACACACGGGUGAAUAUCCCGGCGACAUAACAUAAUGCUCAACACGAGCUAGCGACACCUCCACAUGGAACAAUAACACACAAAGACAUGGGGGAGCAGAGGGAAUAAUUAUACAGAGACUGAUGAGGGGAUAUGUACCAGGUGUGUGUGAAAAACAAGACAAAACAAAUGGAAUGAUGAAAAGAGGAGCAGCAGUGGCUAGAAGGCCGAAGCCUGCCCGAACAAGGAGAUGAGGCAGCUUUGGAGGGAGUCGUGACGGUGUGUUCCGCCUCCUCAUUAAUUCACAUAAGAAGUAGCCCAUUUCACUGUUGUGGACAAUUUAUGUUUGAGGCUUUACUGAGCCAAACAAACUUCUCUCUUCAACGAGAGCCCAAUCACUUUCCCAGUGUUUCCGCAGAAUAAGUAUGAACACAUUGCGCAUCUUUAGUCAGAACAGGCAUUGCACUAACUUUUCCCCUGGCACAUUUUCUGGCUGGUGCCUGCAUUGCCUUCAUUGUUGUUUUCCUUACAAAUUGGACUUUGGACAUGUGUGCGUUCCUAUCAAAGUAAGUGCCUUAUUUUCUGGAUAUCGUGUUGUCGUUUCUACUGUAGCAUACAUUUACAUUUUUAGUCAUUUAGCAGACGCUCUUAUCCAGAGCGACUUACAGGAGCAAUUAGGGUUAAGUGCCAUGCUCAAGGGCACAUCGACAGAUUUUUCACCUAGUCGGCUCAGGGAUUAGAACCAGCGACCUUUCGGUUACUGGCACAACGCUCUUAACCACUAAGCUACCUGCCGUAUGUAUGUAUGGAUCAUAAUGUAUUUACUAUUUUAUUCAAGUUUUCAAGUACUGGUGACAAAUCAUGCAUUCCAAUUCUUGCAUAGAUUGAAAUGGACACGUGUGUAAAAUACUUUUUUGAAGGUUGUACUGAUUAUGAUGAGCUAAUGCUAAGCUAUUUGCCAGCUAUGUGUGGCUCCAUGUUUGUUGACAUCAUCCAAUGAAUUCUGGUUGUCACGUAAGCGUCUGUCAGACCAAAGAUGUUAUAACAAGGGAUAGUUCACUCGACUGACUUAUGGUGCUUUCAAGACAACUGGGAACUCUGAAAAAUCUGAGGUCAAAUCAUGACCUUAGUGAUCUUCAGGUCAGAAGGUCGGAGCUCUAUAAAGUGGCCGACUUCCCGAGUUUUAAUUCCGAGUUGGAUGACUGUUCAAAACGAUUUUUCUCAGUCUGAGCUUGUUUUUUUUCCGAGUUCCCAGUUGUCUUGAACGCACUGAAGUUGGAAGUCGGUGAUUUCUGAGUUCCCAGUUGUUUUGAACGCGCCAUCAGAUUGUAACUAUGGUACCUCAGGGUUGCCAGCUCAGACCCCCAUUUCCAGGGGUUUUAUUUUUAUUUAGCGUAUAAACUUCUCCUGUGUUUUCUCCUGUGUUUGCCCCCCAUUUAUUGAUAAAUCCCCCAUCAUAGUAAUAUUUCCUGCAUCAUAUCCCCCCACGAUACUUCCCCCCCAUUUCUACCCCCCAUAGACUUGAAAAACCCCCACAAAUGAGAGGAACCCCCCACAAACCCCACUAAAAUGGUUUAAUCUCUGUUUAGCUUUUACACUAUAGUUAGGCUAGGCAGUAGGCUUGUAUUUGGGGUGAUGACCUGUGAGGUGAUAACAUUUUAUUUGCUUUGUGAUUUGUCAAAAACAGUAAACUAAUUGUCAAGUCAUGUGCUCCGGUUCUUGUAUACACUGUAACACGUACAUCGAAGAUUUGUAAUAUGCUGAAAAGUGGCCAAACUAAGCUCAUAUUUUUCAGGCAAUGGGCGCAGCCAUCUUUGACUUUGACUUUGUUUAUUUGCAUCUUAUAGUGAAUGCAUUCAGGAAUUAGGGAGUUUUUGCUUGUCAAACAUAAACAAACAUGGCUGCCAUCAUAAAGAAUUUAGCUGCUGUUAGCUUCGCUGACACGCAUCUCUUUUCUAAACAAUAUUACAUUUCUCCCUUGUGGUACAUUGUAAACAAGUCUAGCUGUUAGGUCGCUAACUUAUGUUUAGUUUUUUGGUCAGCGCAACCUGUUAUUUAGACUGGUUUAUGGAAUGGGUUUGGCUGUGGAUGUGUUCCGUGUGAUGUUUGGAUGAUGACGUUCGCAUUUAUCUUUUACAAUAAAAGGUGAAAUUGAGGAAUAAAGUUGUGAAGACCUUUAUUUCCCAUCAGUACAAAACAUUGUUUAGAUGCUUUUCAGACAACAAUGCUGUUUAGACACGUUUGUUGCAUCAUAUGUUCGGUUGCUACUGUUCCAAUCACAUAUUUGUGAUCGUACGCUGCAGGGAUCACUCAACAAUGAUCACAAAUAUGUGAUCGUAUGCGUCAAAGAGUUAAAAUAAGCAAAAUCAAAAAGGGUACUUUUGAGAUAUGAAUAUUCAUAUUUUUUAUGUUGAAUAAAUGAAUGUGAAAUGUUGUAUUUCAGAAUCUAGACAUACUCCAUAUUUUAGAGAACACUAUAAGGAGUAUGACACAAAGAUGUUGUCUGUUUCAUGUACGGUUCACAGAUCAUAGGGUCUUACAGGAGGCAUUUAUAGGUCUAAAAAGGGCCUAAAAUGGCCACUUUCAUCAUGAUUUUCUAAAAAAUUGAUUGUGAUACAAAUGUUAAAAGCAUGUCAAACAUCCUUUCUCACAAUGAAGUUACUAUGUGAGAAUUGACAGAACAAUCUGAGAUACCAGAAAUAUUUUCAGGCUACGCUGGCGUGGGUAAUUCAAUAUAUACAGUGCUGCUUGAAAGUAUGUGAACCCCAAUACCAUAUGUUGGUGUAGAGGAAAUCAUGCGUUUAGUAGAAAAACUAAAUUAAAAAGGAAUUACUGCAGGUGCAAAAAUAAGUGAACCCCAAGUUGCAUUGGUUAAAUCAAGUAGGUAAGUAGAAUCAGGUGGGUAAAUAAUUAGCUACCAAAUGAACCAAUCAAAGGAGAGAUUGUUAGGAAAGAGUUGGGGCAGGACUCUGAUAAAUGGAGAUAAGAAACCUGGUCAGUUUGGUGUUACCCAUCCAGGUGAAUGCAAAGCACACCAUGCCGAGAGGAAAGGAGAUCUCAGAGCACAUAAGUCUGGGGAAGGCUAUAAAAUAAUCUCAAAACGAUUUGAGCUCCAUCAGUCCACUGUGAGGCAAAUAGUUUACAAAUAGAGAGCAUUUAACAUGACAGCAACUCGGCUUAGAAGUGGACGCCCUUCCAAAAUAUCUACAAGAGCCACAAGAACAAUAAUAAAUCAGGUAAAAGCCAACCCAAACAUAACCUAGAGAUUUGCAGACCUCCCUUGCUGCAUCUCAGGUAACUGUGCAUACUUCAACAAUAAGAAGAACACUGAAUCGAAAUGCCAUUCAUGGGAGGGUUGCUAGGAAGAAGCCUCUGCUGUCAAAAAAGAACCAAACUGCCCGUCUUAACUUUGCCAGAGACCACCUGGACAAACCUGAAUGUUUCUGGAAGUCCAUUCUCUGGACCGAUGAGUCCAAAAUUGACCUUUUUGGUCACAAUCAACACUGCUAUGUUUGGCAAAAACCCAACACUUCCUACCACCAAAAUAACCUUAUCCAAACAGUCAAGCAUGGUGGUGGGAAUGUCAAGAUCUGGGGCUGCUUUUCCUCCUCUGGACCUGGACGACUCCACAUCAUUAAGGGAACCAUGAAUUCUGAGGUAUACCAGGAGAUUCUUGAACAGAACGUCAGGCCAUCAGUCAAGGAGCUAAAGCUGGGCCGAAAAUGGGUCUUCCAACAAGACACCGACCCAAAGUAUUCAAGCAAAUCUACCAAAGAAUGGCUCAGGAGAUAGAAGAUUUGUGUAUUGGAUUGGCCAAGUCAAAGUCCUGACCUAAUCCAAUCGAGAUGCUGUGGCAGGACCUGAAGAGGGCAGUUCAUGCCAGACACCCCUCAAACCUCACUCAAUUGGCUGAGUUCUGUAAGGAGGAGUGGGCAAAAAUCCCUCAAAAACAGAUGCCAGAGACUGAUUACUGGCUAUAAGAGACGUUUAGUCCAAGUUAUCGCUGCUAAUGGAGGUGCCACAAGCCAUUGACUGAAGGGGUUCACAUAUUUUUGCACACAUGAAAUCUGAGUUUCUGUUAAAUAAAACACUUUAAUUAAACAAACAAUGAUAAUAUAUCAUUAUUUUUGUUUCUGUCAUUUACUUGGAAUGUCUUUAUUGCGAAUUGGGGUUUAGAUAAGGAUUUUAUGUUUAUUUUAAUAUUUUAUAGCAAAAUAAUGACCAGCCCUCUAGGGUUCACAUACUUUCAAGCAGCACUGUAUAUAUAUUUAUUCUAGAUAUUUGACAAUUAGAUAAAUCCAACUCCCUCUCUUGCUCGCUGUUUUACUUUAUUUUCCUCAUUCUCCCCAGUGCUUCUGCUUCAUGUACCAGGGCCAGAAGACACAGAAUCAGAUAUGGACAAAGACGAACAAAAACAGAACUGGGAUGGCAAAAAGGUGAAAUGCACCCAGAUCUGGUGAUAUAUCUCCACUACAUUGUUAUACAGCCCUAACUGAGUUGUAUUGUAUUCUGAGUUGUAAUUUUUAUUUUUCCCUUAGAAUGCUUUAUCAAGCUCCAAGGUCCCAGGAAUCAAGUGAGUACUUCAAAGCAUCCCACAGACUGUAACAUUAAAAAAUCCUGACUUCAGUAGAGCUUUGUGAAUGGCUGAAUACGACAGUUGACAGAUUAUGGUGGUUUAGUGAUGUGUUGAUGUUUUUUCAACUGUAGACAUCUGAUAUUUUGGAAUACUUUCAGAUCUUUGAGAAAUGUUGUGGAUCCAGCCAGUUCUGGCUGUGUAUGAUUCUAUGUUAUUGUUAUUUUGAGAAUGUGAACAGGGUCCUUUGCAGGGAUCGCAGCAGAAAUCUGAUUCCUGGGCCUCCUGAGUGGCGCAGUGGUCUAAGGCUGUGCCACUAGAGAUCCUGGUUCGAGUCCAGGCUCUGUCGCAGCCGGCCGAGACCGGGAGACCCAUGGGGUGGCGCACAAUUGGCCCAGCGUCGUCCAGGUUAGGGGAGGCUUUGGCAGGCAGGGGUAUUCUUGUCCCAUCGCGCACUAGUGACUCCUGUGGCGGACCGGGCGCAGUGCACGCUGACACGGUCGCCAGGUGUACGGUGUUGCCUCUGACACAUUGGUGUGGCUGGCUUCCGGGUUAAGCGGGCAUUGUGUCAAGAAGCAGUGCGGCUCGGCUGGGUUGUGUUUCGGAGGACGCACGGCUCUCGACCUUCGCCUCUCCCGAGUCCGUACGGGAGUUGCAGCGAUGGGACAAGACUGUAACUACCAAUUGGAUACCACGAAAUUGGUGAGAAUAUAUAUAUCUUAUUUGAGGGAAAACAAUUGGAGGCAAUUACCCUUCCUUUGGGCUUGUGUGCAAUUGAAAACAUAAAGAGUAGUAUAUCUCUGGGAAGCAUGGUGCUGCUUGUGCUGAGCGAUUUAUGCUAGUGCUGAGCGAAUAACAGAAAUGUUGGUUAUUUUUCACUUUUUAAACAACUAAUUGACCGACAUUGGUUCAAUUAUUUGAAUUCCAUUUUGUUCGUUUUUUUUCUGUGAGAUGAAUGCAUACUUGUCUGCUAAAUGACUAAAAUGUAAUGUAAAUGUAGAGAUUAAUCAGGUCAAGCCUGAACUGUGCGAUGUAGUAGGGAGUUGUAGUUUCCAACAGGACAAUAUUCUAUGUAGUUUAGCGCAGAAAACGUGGUAAUUAACUACAAUGACCAUAAUCCAUUGCACGCCCGCCUACUUGUCUGGUCUGUGUGGAGCACUGGGCUGUAAUAAGAACAGUGUGGAGCAGACACAGAGACUGAGAGAAGACCGAAUGCAUGAUCGAGAAGGAUAAAAAGCAGUUGCUUCACAAGGUAUCUCUACCAGAAAAUACACGAUCUAAGUGAUUGAUAGUUGGUAUUCAGCAGUCAUAAAAGUAUGCCGUAUUUACUUUGAAGAACUACUAAAAUAAAACGAAACAAAUGUUUUAUUAAAAUAAAGUAAUGUGAAUAAAAUAUGGUUAAUAAGUAAUGGGCAGUCACUACCAUUUAAUAGUAUUUUUAAAAACUUGUAUUAAUUGUUUUAUUCUGUGUUACAGCAUUCAACACACAUAACGCAUACUGCAUUUAAUGUUUUUAAAAAUAUAUAGAUAUCGAAAACCGUGAUUAUUUUUGAAUAAUCUAGUGAAACCGAACUCAAAAAGCACUAAUCGCUCAGAACCACAUGAUGCUCAACUUUCUAUCCGGAUCGAAGGACCAUGUACAUUUCCAAAGCAAACCCACAGUGGACGAAAUAUUGCUGAAGUCAGGGAUGGCGGUAUUCUGAUUUAUUUUUCUAUGUUAUUUGACAUACUCUGCAGCAGCCUGUGAAAUCGGCUGGCUGUGCAUAUACUACCCAAUGCUUUAUAUAUACACUAGAUGACUGACAGGGGGCGCUGUUUUGAAGCCAACAUGCCUCCAUUUUAGUACUCCCCCAGCGUUUAAAAAAAUAUUUAGGAAGCUAUGGAAAUGCAUUUAUUAUUCAUGUCUACAGUCUUUUUUGCCACGUUUAUUCUAUUACUUUUAAAUUAAAAACAUUUUCCUUAAAUUAUAAUUUUUAUAGAGUACUAAUGUUACUUGUCCCCACUACAACAAAAUAAUACUUACAGUGCCUUCAGAAAGUAUUCACACCCCAUUACUUUUUUCACAUUUUGUUGUGUUACAGCCUGAAUUUAAAAUUGAUUAAAUAUAGAUAUGUUUUGGUCACUGGCCUACACACAGUAAUGUCAAAGUGGAAUUAUGUUUUUCUACAUUUUACAAAUUAAUAAAAAAUGAAAUGCUGAAAUGUCUUCAGUCAAUAAGUAUUCAACCCCUUUGUUAUGGCAAGCCUAAAUACGUUCAGGAGUAAAAAGUUGCAUGGACUCACUCUGUGUGCAAUAAUAGUGGUUAACAUGAUUUUUGAAUGAUUACCUAAUUUCUGUACCCCACACAUAUAGAAAUAUCUUUAAGGUCUCUCAGUCAAGCAGUGAAUUUCAAACACAGAUUCAACCACAAAGACCAGGGAGGUUUUCCAAUGCCUCGCAAAGAAGGGCACCUAUUGGUAGAUGGGAAGAAAAAAAAAGAAGCAGACACUGAAUAUCCCUUUGAGCAUGGUGAAGUUAUUAGUUACACUUUGGAUGAUGUAUCAAUACACCCAGUCACUACAAAGAUACAGGCGUCCUUCCUAACUCAGUUGCCGGAGAGGAAGGAAACCACACAUGGAUUUCACCAUGAGGCCAAUGGUGACUUUAAAACAGUUACAGAGUUUAAUGGCUGUGACAGGAGAAAACUGAUGAUGGAUAUACAACAUUGUAGUUCACAAUACUAACCUAAUUGACAAAGGGAAAAGAAGGAAGCCUGUACAGAAUAAAGAUAUUCCAAAACAUGCAUCCUGUUUGCAUCAAGUCACUAAAGUAAUACUGCAAACAAAAUUGGCAAAGCUAUUAUCUUUUUGUCCUGAAUACAAAGCCUUAUGUUUGGGGCAAAUACAAUACAGCACAUUACUGAAUACCACUCUCUAUAUUUCCAAGCAUAGUGGUGUCUGCAUCAUGUUAUGGGUAUGCUUGUAAUCGUUCAGGACUGGGGAGUUUUUCAGGAUAAAAAAUAAACGGAAUGGAGCUAAGCCCAGGCAAAAUCCUAGAGGAAAACUUUGUUCAGUCUGCUUUCCACCAGGCACUGGGAGAUGAAUUCACCUUUCAGCAGGACAAUAACCUAAAACACAAGGACAAAUCUACACUGAAUUUGCUUACCAAGAAGACAGUGAAUGUCCUGAGUGGCAGAGUUACAGUUUAGACUUAAAUCUACUUGAAAAUCUAUGGCAAGACCUGAAAAUGGUUGUCUAGCAAUGAUCAACAACCAAUUUGACAGAGCUUGAAGAAUUUUGAAAAUAAUAAUGGGCAGUGUGGAAAGCUCAUAGAGACUCACCCAGAAAGACUCACAGGUAUAAUCGCUGCCAAUGGUGCUUCUACAAAGUAUUGACUCAGGGGUGUGAAUACUUAUGUAAAUGCGAUAUUUCUGUAUAGUAUUUUCAAUAAAUUAGCAACAUAAAAAAAAAGCAUGUUUUCACUUUGUCGUUAUGGGGUUCCAAUUUGUAAGUCGCUCUGGAAAAGCGUGUGUGUAGAUGGGUGAGAGAAAAUCAAUUUAAACCAAUUUGAAUUCAGUCUGUAACACAACAAAAUGUGGAAUAAGUCAAGGGGUAUGAAUACACUCUGAAGGCAGUGUAAAUACAUUUAAUUUUGUCCUUUCAAUUGAAAUACUGUAGAAUUCCAUUCAUUCCUAUGGAGGGACUGCUUCUUCUGAGGAGUACCAAUAUGGCCGACCGGUGGCGUCAAAGCCUCUCAUUGGCCAAUACAUAGCAUCAGCAAUCCAGGGUUUAUAUACAUCAUUGAUACUACCCCAACUGUCAUUGUGGGGAUGCCAAUCAUCUCUUUUUCUGUUUUCAGCAUAUUUCCGUCUCCGGAUCAGGAUCUGACCGCGUCGCCAAUGCCAUCAGCCAACAACACGGGCGGUGGCUCCCUGCCUGAUCUGACCAACAUCCAGUUCCCCCCUCCGCUGCCCACCCCCCUGGACCCCGAAGACUCCACCCUCAGCGCCUCCAACAGCACGGGAAACCUGUCCACCAGCCACUCACACAGUUUCAGCUCCACCAGCCAAGGUGACCUCUCAGUCCUCCACCUUCCAGAACAAUAACUGUCUGCCAUGUUGGCACCAUACGUUGUCAUCAUCUCCUCACAUCUCCCCACUUUUGGUGCCUCUUGUUGCCACAUGAAAAUUCAGAAUUUCAAACUGGGUGCUGUUUUGCAAACCCAGUUUGAAAUUCUGAAUUUUCAUGUGGCAACAAGAGGCACCAAAAGUGGGGAGAUGUUAGGAGAUGAUGACAACGUAUGGUGCCAACAUGGCAGACAGUUUGCCAAAAUGUAUCUAUCUAUGACUCUAUGGCUUUCUAUGAAACUGUGGGAAUUCUCAAGGGGAUGUUUGCUGUUUUGUGUCCCACCAGGACAGACCACCUCCCAGCAAGGCAGGCAGGACAACAUGGUCAACCAGGACUCCCACCAGCACCACUCCCUACAGCUCUCCCCCACCCUGUCACCACCACUCACCCUCGCCCAGGUAGCACGUACCGUACUCUACCCUUCUAGCACUGUGAUUGUUACAUAUUUCUAAAGAACCUUCCUAGUGUAUUGACAAUUAUUGUAUUCUGUAGUUGUAUCCUUCCCUAUUUGAAUGCACUUAAAGUUGCUCUGGAUAAAAGCACCUGCCAAAUGACUAAAAGGUACGAGAAUCGAGGAUUGUAGUAGAUUUUUCUAUCACUCUAUUUUCUAUCACAGUUUGUAGACAUAAUUCUCCCUUUUUCCCACUGACUAAUUUCAAACCCUUAUGUCCAUCUGUCUCAGGCGGAGACCAUAGAUGCCAUGACACUGGAGGCGCAGUUGUCCCAGUAUGCGUUCUUCAGCCAGUCCUCCUCUCAACAGCAGCAGCAACAACAGCAACAGCAACAGACCACUCAGGCACUGACUAGGCAGAUCCAGCUCCCAUCCCCUCUGAACACCUCCUCCAUCCAGACACAGAACUCCAUGGAUAUGAACUCGGUAAGCUUACCUUCUCAAACCGUUCCCUCUUCAAACUUUUCCCUAUCUUAUAGUAUGUCCGUAGGAAAAUUUAGUGUUCAAACCGACCUAGAGUGUUCCUACACUAUGGAACACCAUUUUGUUUUUCCUGUUCGACUAUCUUUGGUUUGAUCUUGAGGUCAAAGGAACUAGCCUACUUCUUAAAGCAGGACACGUAGGUUGUUUUUUUCUGCUGCAGGAGCAUUCGGUAGAGAAAUGCUCUGGAAUUUAAGUGUCAAACAUAAUUUUGCUCAACAUUGUUUGUUAUUGCUCAAUCUCUCUAUUUAAACAUUGCUUUUGCAUCGCCCCAACCGUGAGUGUUGAACAUAGAGAUUUUAGUGUCCAUGUGUAGGCAGACGGUUCAUUGAAUAGUAUUACAAUACAAAUGCAUCAGUUUCUGUUGCAAGUGUGUUCAUAUACUGUAUACUACCUCUUAGCAGAGUGCAGUUUUCUAUCAUGACAAGUUAUUCUGUUUUUAUGUAAACUUGAUGCGUCUGAAGCUAUUGCUGACCCUUUUACUUUGAUUUUAUGGCCGUAGUAGAGGCAUCUGCUUCAGCUAUAUAGCAUCACUUAUUUCUUAAUUCACUGCAUCAUUUAUUGAGCAACCCAUACAUAGGUCUUUCUAUAAGCUAGGGUAUCAGUGAGGAUUUCCAACACUGGACAACUUGUUACAGCUGUUGAUAAAUCAUUGAUUAUAAUCUGCCAAUUUUUUUAAUGUCAUUACAUUAAGAUAUAAGUGGGGAAUCAUAGCUAUAUUCAAUAAAAUUCACGAGUUUAUUUAAAACCUAUGUUUAACCCUUUAUCAUGGUUGGUGUCUUGACGGAUUUGUCCAAAACAUUACUUUUCUGUCCUUGCAUUUAUGGCAGUUUAAGUUGUUGUUAUAUAUAUAUUAAGCAUUACAGUUAAAUUAGACAUUGAACUUGAAUACUGGAUCUAGCCGUUGGACAGUUUUUUUGCAUAGAGAUCUCAGAAAUGCAGUGUAACUACGUAACAUUUCGUGUCUUCUUAUGUUACGGGGUGAAAACUGUUUUCAUGGGCACACAAAUCCAAAAUAAUAAAUGCGAUUGCAAAAUCGAAUGUUUCUAAUCGAGAGAGUCACCUUACCUUGAUACUUAUUCCCACAUAAUAAUCUGAUCCAGGAAGGAAUUUUCUGAAUGACAGUCAAGUGGCGAGCAGCUGUUGUUGUGAUGCAACAACAGCCUGAGUGCUGGAAAAAAGGUGUUCGCGAGGAAUGUCCAGAAUAUUUUGGUGUCCCAUUCAUGAAGACAGUUGUGCCUGGAUCCACGCUGGAUUUAAUAUCCCUAGCGAAUUUAUGUUGAUUAUCUGUUGUUUUCUGCUUGAUUUACAGCAGGGUCUUGUUAGAUUUCACAGAGAAAGCAUCAGGGUAAUGUGUUCAUGUUUUCAUAUGUUUUUGUGCCUCGAAUUGGACACAGUGUCUACUGUGUGCAAUUGUGUAGGAUAGACUAUUGCACAAUAAUAAUAUAAUAAUAUGCCAUUUAGCAGACACUUUUAUCCAAAGCGACUUACAGUCAUGCGUGCAUAUAUUUUUGUGUAUGGGUGGUCCCGGGGAUCGAACCCACUACCUUGGCGUUACAAGCGCCGUGCUCUACCAGCUGAGCUACAGAGGACCACAACACUCAAAGCUAUUCCUAUGAAUUAUUCUGGAUAUAAUGACAACAAAUUACAUAGCCUAGUGGGCGUCUUUACAUGAUCUGGUAAUGAAAUAACAUAACAAAUACAUUUUGUUUUCCAUGUUACACCUGCAAUUUUAAACAAUACAAGGGGCUUGAAGAAUCCUACUUGAACUUGAAUUUGGAGCUCAGAAAUUCAAGUACCGGAGUAGGCCUACCUUGAAAAUCAGACAUUUCCACAAUUUGGUGCUUGAGAAGUCCUUGUAAUUAUUGUAGCCAAAUUAUAAGUUCUCCUGCUCCUUUAUAAUUAUCUGUGAUUUCAUUUUUGAUCCGUUUUUGUGAGAGAUGUGGCCACAUUCCUUUGUUUCCCGCCGCUUCAAUUGAAGGCUCUUGCUACUCUGUUGCGGUAAAACCACGUGCGGUUAUUAUGAGGACGACAACAUCGGUUGGCUUCAACUUGGCUUUCCAUACAAAUCCUUCCAUAAAAAAAAUGAACCUGGUUUUGUGUCACUUUCUCAUUAUAAAAACAGUGAUGGUGAGAUUCAAAUGGUGAGAUUAAUACUACCGCUUUAUUAUGUGUGCCUGCGCCGGCCACAUAAUGUAGGCUACAGAAAAAUCUAUAUUAGGCCCUAUAUGUACAAUUAGUAAAGAAUAAUCAAUGAGGGGCUAUGCGCUCUAUGGAAAAUAAUGAACGAUUGCCAUGGUAACCAACCAAACAGACUUGCUAGUUUAGCUAACCAAACCAUCAGUCCUAGCUUGCUAUUAUGAAAAUCGAAUUCAACAAUGCCAAUAAUGUUUUCAAUUUGACUUUUGCUUUCGAAAGCAGCUCAAACAUUGAACAUGUAAGAAUGAACUAGCCAUUGAAUUCUACCAUGCAAAUGUGUUAAAUUAUAGCCAUGGUAUAAAAGGGAUAAUCAACUCCGGGCUCUAUGCCUUCUCUGGAAAACAAUGCAACUCCGUGAAAGGUUAGUUCCACUCUGCUAGCGUAUGGAAUUUUACCAUUGUACUGGCGAUGUGCUGGAUCUUGUGGAAGUGGAUUUCAGUGCUCUUGUCUUGAGCGGAAGACAAACAGAGAGGAGAGAGCUACUACUGUAAAUGCCAGUUGAUUACUCGGUUAUCUUGUUGAAGAAUGACCCCAAAUGGCUAGCUAGUGAGUCAGCUAUUUGCACAGUACACACCCUAAAGGAGGAACAAACCCUUACAUAACAAUUACUUUUGAUGAUCAUUGAAGCCAGAGAGUCUCUGAGGGAUUCCAUUAAACAUUUGAUUGUUAGCCUAAUUCUGGUCUCUUUAUGCAGUUAGGCUAAAUCAAGGCCAUGAUGAUGGUACAAGUCAACUAAUCCAGGGCAUCUUUAGCACAGAUUUAGCAAAGACAUGAGCCCCAUCCUCUGUGUGUAUGUGUCCUCAUGGCCAGGCUGGGACACACACAGCAUACCUUCUCAGAAGGGGCUCAGUCAGUCAGUCAGUCAGUCAGUCAGUCAGUCAGUCAGUCUAACAAAAAUAUCCUGUAUUAGGGCUCUUUCCCCCAACAGUACCGCAGUAGGGCUGGGUCUUCAGCCAAUCAGUCUCCAACCUCUCCAGUCUCCAAUCAAGGCUUCUCACCUGGAGGCUCGCCUCAAGUAAGGGCGUGUGACCAAAACCCGCUGACUGUAUACACUGUUCCUCCAUCGUAGUUCUGCUUUCGUCGCCAGCUGGGCCCCUUGGCUGCCCCUACUGGCUGCUCUUGUGUCACCAACCCCCUGCCACCCCCAUCGUCGUUUCUCGCAGUGUCACUGACCCCGUCCCCCCUGCUGCUUCUCUGUGUCUGCAUCCUAAGUGGCCUCGUAGCAUAGUCGCUUAAUUGAUACCCUUUAGCUAGUUAGGUGAGUAAGGAAAAUGUAGUUAGUAUUAACACUUAGCCACCUGAGCCACCUUUUAUACUUGCUAGAGUUUUAAAUCACUUGUUUAUUGUGAAAAAUCAAGAAGGAGCAGGGUCCCUCUACAAGGACCUGUAGGCUAGAUGUACGUUGUAAGUUCAAUGUAAAUGUAUAAUAUAGGCCUAAACUUACAUUGAACUUACAACAUUGAACGACUAAGUAAUCUCUUGUUAGGGGAAUCAGAAAAUAUUUAAUUCAGUAGCUACUAGCUACAUAUUUGUUGUGUUUGUUCAUUCGUUUGUGCUUCUGUUGGCUUUACCAUCGAUUCUUUCUCUCAUCUAGAUGGCUAACCUACAGUGUUGUGGGUUAUAUGCAGUGCAGCUGACAGUCCAUGUGCUAUUAUCAUGUUCUUCCCCGCUGUUCUUUUGGCAGGGCACAGAUAAUGUGGUUCUGAACUUAAAGGGGCAUGGCGAAGGCUGCCUUAGAGACUGCCUGUGAAUAUGCUCCUAUUAUUUAUACAUUAAGGCGGACAAUGAAAGAGGAUACUUUUUCGGGUUUAAUAAGGAUAUGCAAUUAAAACUUUAAGAGCAUUUCUGGAUGAUUGAAUGUUUUGUAAAUUCUAGCUUUACUCAGAAAAGGGAUUUCCAUAUGAUUUCAUUUUAUUUCAUAUCAUUGUAUUUAUUUAAAGUAUAUCAGAAUUCUCAGUACAAGGCUUGCAUGUUAACCGCAACCCUUUGAAAGACUCCCUACAACAUUAUUGGUUGUGGGUUGAUAACAUUUAUGUGCUUUCGAGUAGGUCCUAGUAUUCAGUGCAUGUUGACAUAUUGGCUGGUUGGGCACUUAACAUGAACAUCAGAGAAACAAGAGGUAAAUGCAAUUGAUCUAUCGAGUCAUCUUUAAAGAUGAGAUGGGCAUAGAUCUGAAGCGGUUACUAUGAUGGAUGAGAUUGAGGUUGAAUGCACAGCUAAUUAAUUGAUGGGCUUGUACUGUAUCAUGCUUAAUCUAGACUGUGGGCUACAAUAUGUUAUGGUUUGUUUGCAGGAUUUCAGAUGUGUGCAGUGUUUUCUGUGUUGCCUGGAGCUCAAUGGAAAGCCAAACCCAAUCAUUUGAUAUGAAUGUCUUAUGAAUUGUGAAAUCAUUCAUUUACAGAGUUGUGGUGUGAUUCAAACGCUCUCUGUGUCUGCUCUUCUUCUCCCGUGUUUUAUACUUGUGCAUUAAUAUCCUGGUGUUGUUUUUAACAAAAAGAGGGGAUCUGCUUGUGUUCUAGCACAACUCCAUAUUGGGCAGUGUAUUUGCUGACUUCUAUGACCAGCAACUCACAUCCAGACAGACCAGUGCUCUCUCCCAACAGGUAAGUUAAGUUUAACAGUCCACCUCAGGACUAAUUAUGCAAGCUAAUAUUAGAUACUUUUUUAUAUGGCAAUAUUUUCCAAAAUGUUUGCAUCACAACACAAUAGUGGAACAUAUAUUGGAUAAGACACUUUUGAUAUAAUGGGCUAUCCAUUGAUCCAUUCUGACAAUAUUUGGGAAACAAAACACUAUAGAGUAAUAUGCCUCUAGUUUGUUUUCAAUUGUACUUUAUCUUUAUAUUUAUCAUUUGUGUACAGAAAUGAUCCCUUGUUGUUGAGUGUUGGCUAACCUCAUGGUAUGUUGAUGUGCUUUCUCUGUUCCUCGAACAGCUGGAGCAGUUCAACAUGAUCGACAACAAUAGUCUGUACGGCCAGGGCUCAACCCUCAACUACUCCCAAGCAGCCAUGAUGGGUUUGACAGGUAGCCACGGCAACCUGCAAGACUCCCAGCAGCUGGGCUACAGUAGCCAUGGCAACAUCCCCAACAUCAUUCUCACAGGUACUAUUCUGACACACCAGGUGGCUCACUCAAGCCUCAGUAAGGCUAGGCAGUAGAAUAGAGUUCCGUCAAUGUAAACACUCUCUCCAUACAAGGCUCUAACUAUUGUUAUGUCUACGGGUCCAAGGCACGCCUAGCUGUUCCAUAACCUGUCUGAAUGUUUAAGUGGACUGCUCUUGUUAGUAUAUCUACCUAGGAAGAACAAGUACUUACCAGGGCCAGGGUGAGCUCUAUCUUAGUCGGCCAGCCCAACCCUUUUGUUCUUGUGGGGACAAAUAUACAAAAAGGAAAAAUACAAUUGUCAUUAAGCAGACGCUCUUAUCCAGAGCGACUUACAGGAGCAAUUAGGGUUAAGUGCCUUGCUCAAGGGCACAUCGACAGAUUUUUGCAGUUUUAAAGCUAAUGUCCUGCAAUUCUACGCAUUUUGCCAUGGCUAAUGCUGUGUUGUUUUGCUCAAACAUAAUAACAAAAUCUAUACUGCUAAAUGUUUUGGAAUUUUCGAUUUUCCCUUUCCAUCUAGCUUUUAUUUUGGUGAUUGUUAGUUCUCAAAGAUCAUAUUAUUUAGAAAAUAUAUAGUUUCAUUAUCUUUUCUACAUACUUUAUAUCUGGUUUUAGUUGUUUAAGUUUACACUGAAAGUGUUUUUCCAUCCCGAAAAUGUAUUUCCAUUUUUUUAUACUGCCUGAGGAUUUCAAUGGCAGAAAAAUCCCUGAUCUGAGGUGCGUUCAGCAAGUGAAAUUGUUUGUGAACGUUUGCAAUCGUUAGCUAACGCAUUCCAUUUGUUUUCUGUUCGUCGAGAACGUUUGCUAACAGUCUGAGAAGGUAGUGUCUGUUUCAGGUCUAAACUGCCUUCACAAAUAAUAAUUUGGACAUAUGGUUUCUAUUACAUGUAGUAAGAAUAGCAAAGUAAUUUGCAGUUUGAAUAUUGCUGCUAAAAAGCCACAGUAAUCCACACAAAAGCAAGACAAUAACCCCAAGCACACAUCAAAAUCCACAAAGAAAUGGUUAAUUGACCACAAAAUCAACAUUUUACUCAGUCUCUGGACUUGAACCCCAUUGAAAACCUGUGGUUUGAAUUGAAGAGGGCAGUCCAUAAGCGCAGACAAAGAAUAUCAAGAAUCUGGAAAGAUUCUGUAUGGAGGAAUGGUCUAAGAUCCCUCCCAAUGUGUUCUCCAAUCUCAUAAAACACUUUUGAAAAAGCCUCAGUGCCGUUAUCCUCUAAAAGGGAGGGUGCCGGAGUAUUGAAAACAGGGGUGAAAAUUAUUGGCACCCCGAUCUUUUAGAGAAAAAUGUGUUACUUGUUAAACAAAAUAUUUUUCGCUGAGCAGUUGUAUUAGUAUAAAAUAGUAUUUAUUCUGAGCAUUCAAUAUAGGUCAGUAUUUGUAUUAUUUCUUGCUCAUCUUUAUCAAGGGUGCCAAUAAUUUCAGUCAUGACUGUACCUCCAUUCCUAACUUCAGCUAAAUUCAUUAAAAGUAGAGGUUUUCUGUAUUUAUUUAAAUGUUAUUUUGCUUAGCACUCAAUUGUAGUUAUUGACAGUUCCUUGAAAUAUUUAAUGAGAUCCUGUUUUUUUAUGUGGAGUAAACACAGCUGGAAGACUCUGACCUCUCCUCAUCUCUCUAACCAUGUGUGUUUAAGCCACGGGAGAGUCUCCACCCAGACUGUCCAAGGGGUUGUCUUGCAGCUCUCUGUCGGCUGACAUCAGCUUCGACGCAGACUCUCAGUUUCCCCUAGAUGAGCUGAAGAUCGACCCGCUGACCCUGGACGGGCUGCACAUGCUCAAUGACCCUGACAUGGUCCUCACUGACCCCGCCACUGAAGACGCCUUUCGGAUGGACCGGCUGUAG